AUGUAUGAUAGUGGCGAGUUUGUCUCGCUUUACGAACGUCUUAAGGCUUCUUCAUAUGGCUUCCGAAACGGUUGUAUUCAGUCUUUCACGAUCUUUUUGAUUUUCUCUUUUCAACAAUUCAUCCUCUACUAUAUCAUUUUUUAUGUGCGCAAUGAACCAAGGUUCCUCUAUCUACUAAUUUUCGACGCUAUUAUAGCGGUCUAUUUACUUAACGGAGCAAUAUCAACGAAAGGUCAUUCGUCAGCUCGUAUAUCGGUACAAUGGCGACUUUGCUGUACAAGCACAGUGAUAAAGAUAGCAGGCAUGUUGUUGCUACGCAACAACCCAGACCUCACCUUUGCUGGCGGAUUCAAUCCAUUUGCUGCAGAGGACUAUCUUUCCUUUAUCGGGUUUUACCUAACUCCGAUAGUGUACAUACUUUUUAGCAGGAUGUCCAAUAGGUUCCUGUUCAGUCGAGAGAAACGUAAUGUGAAUGUCGAUGAGUUGCUACACUCCGAUCUGGCACUAGCAACAGCGGUCGACCUUUGGGAUAUUGUUAUCAUGGUGAACCAUUUGUUGAGGCGUUAUAGAGUGCACGAAAAAAGAUGUCUAGAUUCGGCAGGCUCAUUUACGAGAAACGGCAACUUUCUAGCGUAUGCCCUUCUAUGUAUAAUCAGUACCUUCCUAUUGGGAUUUGUAUCUCCGACAGUCGAUAGUGACCUGGCUCCCGGUAGCCGUUUAUUGGAACGCCGUAUCUCAUUUUGGUUAAAUAUACAAAACUAUUUUCGAUUCUUACGACGGAAAAAUCAAGAUGACUCAAAAUUGAGUGAUGAGACUUGGCCUCAUGAUCGUGGAUUCGAAGGUAGAGAUGUACAAAAUUCCGAUACAUCACAAAUAUUCAAGGCAAAAUCCGCACCUAAUGGCCAAUAUCUCGAUAUGUUUACUAUCGCAAAAUAUACUUUUUUGAUUGGAUUCUGCCUUAUAGAUAUACCAUUUUUUGUAUAUCGCUUGGUACAUCUAUUGAAGGAAAAUGUAUUCUCACUCAUGAUAUACAAGAAUAUACUCGGGAUGGUAUUGCGACCAUAUCGUCUAACACUUAGCCAAUUGGCAGAGAGAGAUAGUGCAAAGGGUUGGCAGAGUGCCUUUUUUGAAGCACAACCUAUGUGCAACGACCCCUCGGCAAAAAAAGUCAUACACGAUGAUUUGAAAGUUCUGGAUGAAGAAAACGAAUCGGAUACCGAACUCCAACUUUCACGUAAACUAACUGAUCGUGCUAUGCUUAGAAGGGGCCUGAGCAGUACACUUUCGUCAAACACACGCAGCUAUACUAGGUAUUCCUUUAACAAACGUGGUAGCACUAUGACCCAGGAUAAUUCCUUGAUGCGAUCAACAACUGAAUUUAGAACUGCCACGCUUCUAAGUAGCGAUCGUGGUACGGAUGCUACUAACAACCAGGAUACACGAAGCUUUACUGAUGACCCUUUGUUACCCAGGCUACGCUUCAAUCCUUCUAAUACGUCAAUUCCAGAUACAAACUGGUCAUCUAGUACAUCCAACCAUGAGUCGGACCCUACGGAGGCAGUUAAAGCCGAGUACAAGGUAGAAAGCGAACGUCGGCUACUAUUGCUUCGUAAACUAAAGCGCCAUCGUGACAUCCCGGUGACCACUUUAGGUUAUAUUACACUAUUUAGUAAACUCCGUGAUGUAUUUUGUAGUAUAUUCAAGGUUGAGCCUAAUUUCGAUAUGGAUGCGUCGGAAUUUUUGGUGACUGAGCGCCCUUUUGAAUUUAUGAGGAUGCUGACAGCAUUAUGUAUAACUCUGGUUUCUAGGGUUGCUAUUGUCAUAGUAUGUUAUGUAUAUCGGGGUAAAGUGCGAUCACCUCGUUUCAUCUUUGGAUAUGACAUCUUUACAGCUGGACCCUACGAGUUAUUGGUAUACGGAAUUGUUAUAUUCGCACCACUAAUAUACUCUAUGCUAUUCAUUCGUGUCCAAGGAUGUGGUUUUAUAGGAUGUAUCCUAUUUUGGUUACAGGAGAUCGUUAAAAUGGGCAGCUAUGUGACGUGUAUCUGUUGUUUAAGGGACCUCAUACAGACCCCGAGUUCAGUUCUAUUCGCGAUAGAGUUGGCUAUUCUCUUGCAAUGGCCAAUAUACAUUGCGGUGUUAACCGUGUCCUGCGCUGGUGCUGGCAACCUGAACAUUGUACGUCUGAUGUAUAUUUUAUGCAAGCACAGUUUUUGCCCUGUUAGUUUAAACUACAAGCUGUUUUGUUUGGAUAUUAUGAAAAGCACGACUAUUGCAGACAGCCUGUUGCAUUCACAAUGGAACUAUCAUUCAUAUAGAGCCCUGUUCAGUUCAUUAUGUUGUUCAUUUUCGCCUACAAAGACAGAAUUGAUGGUCAUAUUGGUAGAUCUGCUGAUGCGAUUCAUUUAUGUUAUUUUCAGUCAGACUAUGCGAGUUUUGAUGUUACGUAAAUUCGAAAUACACUACUUAAUCAUGCGUCUGACAAAUUCCAUCAGCUUUGACUACUUGCCACCAACCGACACAUUUUCUAUGUCGUCUGAAAGUACAAGUCAAUUCGUCACACCUGCAGAUGUGGAUGAAUAUAUAAAAGAUCAAGGUUUAUUAUCAUCUCCAGGGGUACUAGUGCCCCCGUUUUUCUAA